UCACAACAAACAGCAAACAGAUGACAAACAAAUACAUAUCUUUUGGUAUAAGAAGAUUUUGGGUAAUAUGUUCAGGUAUAUUUACUAAAUGUAAUCUAUAUGUACCAAAAGUGCAUCUAAAAAUUAUGAAAUAGGAUAUUCAGAUCCACCAUGGUCAGAUAGAAAAGUGAUUUGAGGAUUUUAUUUGUGUGGGGGUCAUUUACAAGGUUAAGCCUACUGAAAACUGACUACUGUACUUAAUAAAAACUGAGAACUGAAAACUGGUGUAAGGUUACAAGCCAGCUAUCCAUGGCAUGCAACUUAAACGAGUUACACGUUUGAUGAUUCUAACAUAAGUAUUCAUAGCGCAGAAGAGGUAAGUGCUCGAGCUCAGUCAUUCAAAACACUCGAAUAAAUAGAGAUUAAUAUGAAACUAAUUUCGUUACGGUGUUAUAGGCUAAGCUGUAUAACCUAGCCUACCCUAAAUUGUAAAUUUUAAGAUAUAGGCCUAGGCUACGUUCCUUAUACAAAGCGAAGUUAAUCCGCGUUGUUUUAUUCAGUAUCGAUGUUCAUGGAUCACGUAUCCCGCGUUCAUUUGAGAGAGAAGCAUUUUUCCUGACGGGUUUUACUCCAGUGAAUAUUCAUUUUUGAAAAUCAAUUUCUGUAUAAUCACAUAGCCUACCUGCAUCGUAUACUGUUGUCCAAUAAAAUAUCCUAUCUUUUUGUCAGAUCAAUCUGUUGUGAGCAUUUAUGACAUUAAAAUGGGAGAAGACAUAGCAAAAGGAAAGAAGAUCUUCGUUCAGAAAUGCUCUCAUUGUCACACUGUUGAGGCUGGUGGCAAGCACAAAGUUGGCCCAAACCUAUAUGGCUUCUUUGGUCGCCUGACUGGCAAAGCACCUGGCUACUUCUACACACAGGACAACAUGGAGAAAGGUAUUGUUUGGGAGGAAGACACACUUAUGGAGUACUUAGAGAAUCCUAAGAGGUACAUUCCAGGGUCCAUGAUGAUUUUUGCUGGGAUCCGUAAGAAGAAGGAAAGAGUUGAUCUGAUAACAUAUUUGAAGAAUUUCACAACAUCCACUUAAAACAUGCUUUCUGUAACACAUUUUGCUAACAUACAUUAUUUAUAUUUUAUUAAUAACAAAUAAUUCACACAAAUUAAUUUUAAUAAUGCAAUAUUACUGAUUAACUACUGGAAUUAAUUCUCCAAUCCACCACCAGAGUUCACUAUUUCCUCAGUAGUAGCAAAGAGUAUAGAACCCAAGAGGCGACACUUUGAUACUUUUUGGGUAACAUCCACUAGAAGGCGCUCCGGUAGCGCGGCCGCCAUUAUGGGGUGAAAAUACUAACUGG